AGUUGCCCGUCACAAAGGGAAUCGCAUUCGUACGAUCAAACGAAUAGAUCGAGUCUCCUUCCCUCGAACCAUUGUUCCGACCACUCGGUGCGGUUCAAUCUUCCAGACCUUGCUGAAACAAUGAACUGACAUUGUACCCAAAGCAAUGGAUACAAUAACCAUGAUCGCCUUGCUCUGGCUGAGUUUGCCUCGCCUCGCCCUCCGAGCCAUCUUCCUCACUAUCGUCUCUCACCUCAUCUCUCUCGUCUGGAAGAUCUUCAUACUCCUCGCCCUCAGCUUCGCGCGUGUGAUCUCCGCAUUAUUUUUCGUCCUAUUAAUAUGUCCAAUCCGGAUCAUCGAACGAGUCUUCUCCCAUCAUAGCCCCUCCAAUUUUGGCACCAGCAUCCAAACCACCAACCACUCGGCUCCGACUCAAGAAAGCAUGAGAGGCAACCAGGCGGGCAAGAACGGCAUACCGAAUGAUUGGGUUACAAUCAAACUUUGUGGAACAGAUGAGAUCUCGCACUUUCAGCUAGAUGAUCGGACGGUGGUUAUAACUGAGAUGGUGGAUGGUAUAUUCGAUGGAUGGAUUGGGAGCUGGGAGGAGAGGGAACUGUUUGUGACAACGAGAGCGGAAAUUGACGUGAAGGUUUCCGAGUGGCUGAAGACGCGUGAAGCAUAAUUGGCGGAAGUGGAUGGACGCUGGGGGGCAGGAGGACGCAUACCAUGCCCCUUCUCGAGAAGGGUCGUGAUUGAAGCCGUUGUUUCCGCUCAGCUGGCUAGAGAUGGAAACAUAAGCUCCUACAUGAAGCAUAGCGUCUGAGUAGGGCAUCAAGCCGUAAUUGUAAUCAUAAUCCCAAAAGCGGAGGGCAGUAGAGGCA